GUCUUUAGUUGUUAAUAUACAGUGUCUGUGAUUAGAUCGUUUCAUUUAAUACUGCAAAACAAAAUAAAAACAAAAAAAAAACUAUUAAAACGUAAACAAAAUACAUUAAUAAUAAAUACAAGAACGCUAAUUAAGUUUAAAUAUAGUAUACACAAUAAAUAGUGCUAUUUGUUCAAUCCCUUCUACAAAUAUGGAUCAAAAACAUGCCAUGCUUUACCCCGAUCCCAACUCAAUGCCUAACGAUCAGCGCAGCUCAGCAGCUGCUGCCAUGGGUUUACCCGUAGAACCGCCACCCACCUAUGAUGUGGCCACUAGAGAUGGCUCACCGUCAGCACCUAUAGGUUGGACGCCCAAUGCAACCGAUAUAAAUUAUCCUACCAGUUCCCACUACAGUCCCCAUAUAAAUCAUCAUCAGUUACCGGUUAUAGUCGAACAAGCAAAUUUUCCAUUGCCAACGAAUCAACAGCAGCAACCUCAGCCACCUCUGACGCAGCAACAGCAAACUGAUGGAGUGCCAAUUACUAUUCAACCCUCUGCGAAUUUGACAUCACAACUUGGACCAGAUCCCUCAACCGUGACGUGUCCUAAUUGUGGUGCAAGUAGAACUACACGAAUGAGCUACACACCAAAUACCAAAACACACUUGAGUGCUCUUAUCUUGUGUUUAGUGGGAUGGUGCUGUUGUGCCUGUAUUGUUCCCUACUGCAUGAACAGCUGUCGCACUGGAAAUCAUUAUUGCUCCAAAUGUAAUGCAUUUUUAGGGGCCUACAAUCCUGGAUCACAGCGUAGACAUCGCAGGCGGUGAAUAUAUAUCAAUAUAUAUCAAGUCAAGAACAAUUUUUAGAUAAUUUAUGCAAAACAAUUUAUUAUCAUUUGUAAAUUAGUUAGUUAGUACAUAUUAACAAUACAAGGGUGGUUAAAUUUCAGUUAAUUUUUGCUUUUAAUUGGACCACCUUAUAAUAAAUUGAUAUAUUUCUACUUAAAGUAUUUAAAUAAUUCAUUAAUUUUUUAAGCUAUAAACUAUUAAAUGUUAUUAAUUUUAUAAGAUUUGAGAUAAAAACAUUGUAAAAACCUCAAAAAAUCUCACUUUCAAACAAACAGAAAUCUAUUUUUAAUGUAUUGUAAAUGGUGUCAAAUAAUUUCUAAGCUGAAAUUGUCAUUUUAUAAUUAUUAAGUAUUUUAUUGUUAGAAACAUGUUUUUUUUUAAUAAAUUUAUUAAAUAUCA